UGUUUCUCGGUAUUGUAGGUUCCACAUCGUAGAUGAAAGUCUCUCAUGUUUCGUCAACUGUGAGCAAGUUGGACUGGCUUUUGCUUACCAAGCCAGGUAAAAUGAAAAUUAUCGCUUUAAGUGUGUUUGCUCGGUGGAUUUCCACUACCAUCGAUAGAGUCUGGUAUUUGAGUGGCGCGCGCAUUUUGUGCGGUGAUGCAAACAAGAAGUAAAAUACCUCGCGCAGUCUUGAAGUGGUAGCAACGCCGAGAGAACGUUCCGUGUGCGCGAUUCACAGAAAUCCACAGAGUUGUGUUGUGAUUUUGUGGUGUUAAACCUACUUAUUGAGAUUUAAUUCAACCUUUCGAAUAUUGGACUUUUUUUCCCUCCCCAAAAAGUUUGUCAUUGGAAAAAGUGAGGUGAUCCGGAAUACGUUAAAAAGAAAAAAAGACCCGAGAAUGAGAUAGAAGGUGUGGGACACAUAGAGUGCUUGAACGUUCGUGUAAAGUGGAGGAAUUUGGUGAGAGUAGAAAAAGUCAAGAAACUCACAAAGUGAUCUUCAGACGAAAAUCAUUGAAGCAAGAGGAGAGCCAAGGCAGCUGACUUCUCUUUCAAAUCCGCACCAUUUAUCACUUGCAAAAUGCACGGAAGAAGGAAUAAACUCUGUGCUAAAUUGUCCAGCGCUUUCCUUCGAAAGUGGUGGUUCGUCAUAGCCUUCGCGCUGUGCCUUCUAGUUUUAGGUGUUCUAGUCACAUUUGGAUUCUCAGCUCUAGUUAGAUUAGUAAUUGACCACCAAGUGGCCCUUCGACCAGGUGGACAGUCCUUCGGAUGGUGGUCUAGGCCACCCGUAGAGCCAUUCAUUCGUCUCUACGUGUACAAUGUCACCAAUGCCGAUGAGUUCCUCAACAAUGGCUCAAAGCCCAUCCUAGAUGAACUAGGACCCUACGUCUACCUACAAAAAUGGGAAAAGGUGGACAUAGUUGAGAAUGACAAUGGGACACUGAGCUUUAAUGCCAAAAGGGUGUAUAUCUUCAAUGAAGAGCUCUCAGGUGGUUCAGAAGAUGACGUCGUCAUUGUACCCAACAUUCCCAUGCUGAGUGCAACAUCACAAAGUAAACAUGCUGCAAGAUUUCUCCGAUUGGCAAUGGCCAGUAUAAUGGACAUCCUGAAGAUAAAGCCCUUCGUUGAGGUAUCCGUGGGACAACUUCUUUGGGGCUAUGAGGAUCCUCUGCUCAAAUUGGCCAAGGACGUCGUGCCGAAAGAACAGAAGUUGCCCUAUGAGGAAUUUGGGCUGAUGUACGGAAAGAACAGCACAUCGCGCGAUCGCGUAACAAUGUGGUCAGGUGUGGACGACAUCACGAAGUAUGGUAUCAUCGACAAGUACAAUGGGUACUCGCAUCUGCCCCAUUGGUCAGAGGAACGAUGCAAUAGGCUAAAUGGGUCCGAUGGAUCCAUUUUCCCGCCACACAUUUCGAAAAAUACGACACUCUACGUGUACGAGAAGGAUCUGUGCCGCCUCAUGCCGUUGUCGUUCGAAAAGGAGGUCGACACGAGGAAUCACGUGCCAGGAUAUCGAUUUACACCGAGUGAGGAUGUCUUUGCGUCCGUUGAGAAGAAUCCCGACAACAAGUGCUUCUGCCCUGCGGGACCCCCAUGUGCACCACAUGGUUUCUUCAAUGUAUCCGCCUGUCAAUUUGAUUCGCCAAUCCUCCUGAGUUUCCCGCAUUUCUACAUGGCCGACCAGAGCUACAGAUUAGCCGUUGAAGGUAUUUCACCGCCAGAGAAAGAGAAACAUCAACUGUACAUCGAUGUGCAACCGGAAAUGGGAACAGCACUGCGAGCUCGGGCACGUAUUCAAAUAAAUCUUGCUGUGAGUCAAGUUGUGGACAUUAAGCAGGUGGCAAACUUCCCCGACAUUGUCUUCCCAAUUCUGUGGUUCGAGGAGGGAAUCGAUGGGCUCCCCGAUGAGGUGACGGACCUCAUGCUGCUGGCCAAUACGCUCCCGCCAAAGGCACAACUUGGCCUUAUGAUUGCACUGUAUGCCCUGGGUGCCGUUCUGCUGGUCCUAGCUGUGACAUGCCUGGUGCGAAGUUCGCAUCGGCAGAGCACGCUGCAUUUAGACUCCUCCAAUUUCCUCGCUACGGCGUCAAUAGAUCAGGCCAAGAAAAAGUCAAAGAUGGACAACAAAGAGCGAUUUUAACUAAUUUCGUCUAGGUAGCUUGUAGGAAACUCAUGUGUGUAGGAACUCUUCAUUUUGAUAGAGGACAUAAAAAAGCGGAAACAAGUACAGUAAAAAAAAAUGGUGUAUUUAAUUAAGAGUAUGGUAUUUAAGGUUUCAAUGAUGAUGUGGACAAGUUUUAAUCUUCGCGAUAGGGAAUUCUAGAAAGUGCAAGUGUACAAGAAAUUACCAUAAACCUUCACGAUCCUCUAAUACGUAAAAUAAAACUAAUUUUCACCUUCAUCCUCACCUUCUAAUUUUCUCCUUUUUGCCCCCUCCUAAGAGUCCCUAUGAGACUUCCCCGCACCAGGGGAGUCAUUUGUAAUCUUCCCGCGUUGCCAUAGUCGCCCUUUCUCCCCCAAAAACUCUCUAAAACUUUCAUUCCAGACAAUGGUAAUUUUUUCUUCCAUUAUUUUGUAAAUAAUUUAUAUUAUGAUUUUUGUAUCACAGUGUAGAAGCGCCUAUAAUCUCUUAUUAUUGUUUAGUUAAGAAAAUGAAAAAAUGAACCAUAUGUAUUAAAAUGGUUGCGCUAAAUUCAAAAUGUUUGGAUUGUGGCGAUUAAACCGCGUGGCAGGUGUUAGGGUUAACCAGCACUGUGCAAUAGAAUCCGUCCAUUCUGUCUCCUUUUACAUUAGAUUUUACCAUCCAAUAUAAUCAUAGUCCGCCCCCAUUUUUCUCGUGUAAUCUCAAAAGAAAUUAUUUUUUACCUUAAUUGUAAAAUUUGUACAUAAAAUAUUAUGAAGAACAAUCCAAAAAAAAAUACUGCAAAAAUAGCGUAGAAAGUGAAAAAAAAACUGGGUGAACAAAAAUUGUUUUAAAAAAAUUGAGGGAUUUAUAACGAUAAAUUGAUAGAAGAAUAUAAGAUUUGUGAUAAAGUUGGUUUUUGUUUAAUAAAUACUGUAAUUUCACAA